CUAGCCAGCUAGCUUACCCCGAUCUGUGCAUGCAACUAUAGAUCGAUCAACUACUCGAUCAGCCACUGGCACGAGUGGGGGGCGUCUUGAUCGCAGCAAGGCAGAGGCAGCACUGUUUCUCGCAUCCGCAAGCGAUAAUGGACGCCGCUGCCUUUUUCGUUCCUCUGCUCGUCGUUGCCGUCUUCGCUGCGGCGGCCGCACCGGCGCCGGCGUCCGCGGCGCGGGCCUUCUUCGUGUUCGGCGACUCCCUCGUCGACAACGGCAACAACAACUACCUGAUCACCACGGCGCGCGCCGACGCGCCGCCGUACGGCAUCGACUUCCCGACGCACCAGGCCACGGGCCGCUUCUCCAACGGGCUCAACAUUCCCGACAUUAUCAGUGAGCAUCUCGGUGCCGAGCCUGCGUUGCCGUACCUCAGCCCUCAGCUCCGAGGGGAGAAGCUGCUCGUCGGCGCGAACUUCGCGUCGGCCGGCGUCGGGAUCCUGAACGACACAGGCGUGCAGUUCGUGAACAUAAUCAGGAUCGGCGAUCAGCUGCAGUACUUCCGGGAGUACCAGCGCAAGCUGAGGGCUCUGGUCGGCGAGGAGCAGGCGAAGCGGCUCGUGAACGGGGCUCUGGUGCUCAUCACGCUGGGCGGCAACGACUUCGUGAACAACUACUACCUCGUGCCCAUGUCCGUGCGGUCGCGCCAGUUCGCCAUCCAGGACUACGUCCCGUUCAUCAUCUCCGAGUACAAGAAAAUCCUCGCGAGGCUGUACGAGCUGGGGGCGCGGCGCGUGAUCGUGACGGGGACGGGGCCGCUGGGGUGCGUGCCGGCGGAGCUGGCGCUGCACAGCCGCGGCGGGGAGUGCGCGGCUGAGCUGACGCGCGCCGUGGACCUCUACAACCCGCAGCUGGUGAGCAUGGUGCACGGCCUCAACCGCGAGCUCGGCGCCGACGUCUUCGUCACCGCCAACACCUACCGCAUGAACUUCGACUACAUCAACAACCCCCAGAACUACGGUUUUACGAACGUGCAGGUAGCGUGCUGCGGGCAGGGGCCGUACAACGGGAUCGGGCUCUGCACGGCGGCAUCGAACGUGUGCGAGGACCGGGAGGCGUUCGCGUUCUGGGACGCGUUCCACCCCACGGAGAAGGCCAACCGCAUCGUCGUCGGCCAGUUCAUGCACGGCUCCACCGACUACAUGCACCCCAUGAACCUCAGCACCAUCCUCGCCGUCGACGAGGAAAGGCUCUAGUUUGAUAGACAGAUACAUACAUAUGUACUGAUCGCGUCGAUCAUCGGGAGCACGUUACGUACGUACUCCGCUAUACUAGUUAUAUCUAUCAUGAACGGCACGGAGUAUAAUACACUCUCCACCUGUGUAACAAUUUCAAUUUGGUUAUUUAGUGUAUUUGUUGGCUGAAUCAGAAUGCUGCUGCUUUCGUGAUGAACCAAUCGCUAAU